GCUUCCGACAAUCACCGAGUUCCUCCGAGUGGAACCGACGGAUGAGGAUCAGCUGACCCCGCGGCUUCCGUGCCUUCGACGCAAGCUGUUCUUCGUCUUUUUUCAGCGAACUGAGAUAAGACAUCGCGCAGAGACUGUACUGAACACCGCGGACAUGCCGUCGCUGCUGUUCUGCGGGCCUAAGAUGGCGGCCUGCGGCAUCGUCAUAAGCAUCUGGGGAGUCAUUAUGCUGGGAAUGCUGGGAAUCUUCUUCAGCACCAAGUCGGCAGUGCUGAUCGAGGACGUGCCGUUCACUGAGGAGGACAUUCGUAACGAUAAAAAUCCCCCGUCAAACAUCUACGGUCUCUACACUCAGGUCGGCAUCAACUGCUUCAUCGCCGCCGCCGUCUACGUGGCCGUCGGCGCCGUCUCGCUCUGUCAGGUUCGACUCAACAAACGGCAGGAGUACAUGGUCACAUAGAGGGCGUGACCUUUGACCUGACGUCGCCGCAGUUAAUUUAUUUUGUUUUUGUUUUUGUUGUUAAAACGUGUGACAUCAUUCCUCCUGCGAACAGAUCCAUGAAAGUGACAAAAACGUUGUACAUUGAUGGUUUUGUUUAUGUCUCCCCCUGGUGUUUUUAACGUGAACUGAUGUUUGUGUCGUAAAUGAAACACGAGGCGUCCACGAGCAACGGCUGCAAUAAAGUGUGCGAAAAGUGGAA